AUGAUUGCCAUCUUUCGUCUUGGCGCCAUCUAUCUGCCGCUAGACCUCAGAGUCUCGGUCCCACGCCCAAAGGGCUACGUAAAGGCGGCGGUUCCAACUGUCAUUUUGUCUGACAACGAGACGUUUGCACGCCGCCCGGAUAUUGUAGUUGACGUUGACGACGCGUUAGCUGUCAUUAACAUAUCUGAUCUCCCAGCAAUGGUGCAGAAGAUGAUGGAGAGAACUACAACGGCUGCCCAGCAGGAGCGCCCUGCCUACAUCAUCUUCACGAGUGGCUCAACCGGCGAACCCAAGAGCAUCGUUGUAAAGUAUGCGAGCGCCCGAGCCAUGGUUGAGGGCUUUCAGUUUGCCUUCACCUCCGACGGCUCGCUGAAGCAGAUCUUCUCCGCCAUCGUCACCGGCGGCUGUCUGAUUGUCGCUCCCGCCGAAGCCCGCGGUAACCCGACGGAGCUGACACGUCUGAUGGCUGAAUAUAGUGUGACCAUGACUGUAGCGACGCCUUCCGAGUACAGCAUGUGGUUCCGCUUUGCGCCCGACGGUCUGCGCCGCUUCACAACCUGA